UGGAUAAAAGUAAAUACAUUUAGAGCGCAAUACGGACGUUUUUUCUACUCACGAUGUGAAAAAUCAGAUUUUGCGCUACUCGAACUUGAGGAUUUGAUUGAUGAUGAUUCAUUCACGAGCUACAUUUGCUUAGCACACCGUCAUAUCAUCAGGCAACAUGAAAUCGCUCGGCUGAUCGGAUACGGCUGGGGCGCUGAUCCUUCGCAGCAGUUGGAUCUGAUGAAUAAUUUACAAGUGAUUAAUUAUACGAAUCUGUCCGUGCAGGAGAGGUGUGUAGAAGCUUGGAGGCAGAUUCCAGAAGAUGCUCUCUGCACUAUGGAAAAUCAAGCAUCAAGCACGUGUUGGGGAGAUAGUGGUGGAGGUUUAGCUGCUCAGGGCAAAAAUGGUCAGUGGACACUUCUAGGUAUCUUAUCGUUCGGAAGCGACUGCAAGACACUGUUGCGCGGCCGUCCAGUGCAAGCGCAAUUUUACACAGAUAUUUCUGACUACAUCGCUGAUAUUGACUCGUUUACGGCUUAUAAAGAUGCCAUAAAAAGAAAUCAUUUUCAAGUUUUACUUCCAAUGCAUGCUUGA